AUGAGGGAAGAGCUCAUCGCCAGCGCCGUGACCUUCCUCUCUGACCCCACUGUCCAAUCCUCACCCCUCACGAAACGGAUUGCGUUCUUGGAGUCGAAGGAAUUGACGCAGGAGGAGAUAAAUGAGGCUAUCAAGCGUUCGCAGAAUGGACAUCCAGCUACCACGAUAGGAAAUGGAGUUGCACCGGCGAUUCCGGGAUGGCAGAGUGGACCACCACCCUUGCCAGGACGGGACUGGCGGGAUUAUUUCGUGAUGGCGGUUACGACUGCUGGUGUGUCAUACGGGCUUUACACCCUUGCGAAGCGCUACGUCCUCCCCCUAAUCCAACCCCCAACCCCCGCCGCCCUCGAACAAGACAAAUCCGACCUCACCGCAACCCUCGAAGCAACAUCCUCCCUCCUAACCCAACUCCAAUCCGAAACCGCAACCCUCCUCUCCGCCUCCUCCGAGCAACAAUCCCAGAUAACCGCCGCACUCGCAAAAGUGGAGACCGUGAUCGCAGAGACACGAGAAGCGAACGAGAAGAGGGAUGGAGAGGUUAGGCGGAUGCGGGAGGAGAUUGAGGGGAUUAGGGGGUUGGUGCCGAAGGCUGUUGAGAAGGUGAGGGAGAGGAGUGAGAGAAGUUUGGAGGAGUUGGCAGGGGAACUGAGGAGUUUGAAGAGUCUGUUGCAGAGUAGAGUUGGUGCUACCGGGGAACGGUUGGGUACGGGUGGGGUUGGGCAUAGUCCUGUGCCGUGGUUGAAUCAGAGCAAUUCGGUGUCGUCGGCGCCCAAGUCACCGGCUGCUGCUGGAGCUGGGGCUGUUGGGGAUGCAGGUUCGAACGCGUUCGUACAGGCCAUGUCCCCCUCCUCCGAAAAAUCGUCCUUCCUCGACCGCGCAUCGAGAUCAGGAAUCCCAGCAUGGCAACUCGCCGCCUCGGAGAAAGCUGACGCCAAGGGGCAAGAUGAGUACAAGAAGACCACGGUCGAGGAUGCGAAGGAUGCGGCGGAGGAGGUUACUGCCUAA